AUCGUAAAUCCAAGUGGAAGCAUGGGUACAAUCUCGAGGUUCUUGGACAUGGAGAUAAUGAACAAAGCGUGCCACAGCUCUUGAUCAGAGACCUGAAGCUGGAGAAGCCCUUAGCUAAGCUCAUGUUUUCUCCUGAUCAAGAAAAUCAUCCAUCAAAAGCACCAGUCAAAUAUGGUGAAUUGAUUGUGUUAGGGUACAAUGGGUCUCUCCCAAAUGGAGACAGAGGAAGAAGAAAAAGUAGAUUUGCUUUAUUUAAAAGGCCCAAGGCAAAUGGGGUGAAGCCCAGCACUGUGCAUAUUGCCUGUACCCCUCAAGCAGCAAAGGCAAUAAGCAAUAAGGACCAACACAGCAUCUCUUACACUUUGUCUCGGGCCCAGACUGUAGUAGUUGAAUAUACCCAUGACAGCAGCACAGACAUGUUCCAGAUUGGUCGCUCGACAGAGAGCCCAAUCGACUUCGUGGUGACAGACACGGUGCCGGGCAGCCAGAGCAACGCGGACACGCAGUCGGUGCAAAGCACCAUCUCCAGGUUCGCCUGCAGGAUCAUCUGUGAGCGCAGCCCCCCCUUCACCGCCAGGAUAUACGCCGCCGGCUUCGACUCCUCCAAAAACAUCUUCCUGGGGGAGAAGGCUGCCAAAUGGAAGACAUCUGAUGGGCAGAUGGAUGGACUGACCACCAAUGGAGUUCUUGUCAUGCAUCCUCGGAAUGGAUUUACGGAGGACUCCAAACCAGGGGUGUGGAGAGAGAUCUCUGUGUGUGGGAACGUCUUCAGCCUCCGUGAAACCAGAUCAGCUCAGCAGAGAGGAAAAAUGGUGGAGAAUGAAUCCAACCAGCUGCAGGACGGCUCCCUGAUCGACCUGUGUGGGGCCACACUGCUGUGGCGCACGGCCGAGGGGCUCGCGCGCACUCCUACUGUCAAGCACCUGGAGGCACUGCGGCAGGAGAUCAACGCAGCCAGGCCCCAGUGCCCCGUGGGCUUCAACACCUUGGCCUUCCCCAGCAUGAAGAGGAAAGACGUGGUGGACGAAAAGCAGCCCUGGGUGUACCUGAACUGCGGCCACGUCCAUGGCUACCACAACUGGGGAAACAAGGAGGAGAGGGACGGCAAGGACCGCGAGUGCCCCAUGUGCCGCUCGGUCGGGCCCUACGUGCCGCUGUGGCUGGGCUGCGAGGCCGGCUUCUACGUGGAUGCUGGACCCCCCACCCAUGCCUUCAGCCCCUGCGGACACGUCUGCUCGGAAAAGACGACUGCUUACUGGUCCCAAAUCCCCCUGCCCCACGGCACGCACACCUUCCACGCCGCCUGUCCCUUCUGUGCCCAUCAGCUGGCUGGUGAGCAGGGCUACAUCAGGCUCAUCUUCCAGGGACCGCUGGACUAGCUGUGGCCACUGAGGCUCUGGCUUCUGACCAUCCCUUUUUCCUACUCUGGGCUCUGCUGCUUAUAAUGAAGAAUCAAGGGGGGGGAGGAGGUUUGUUCUUCUCACUUGAGAAAAAGUUUGGAAAUGGAGGGGCAAGAGACAGCUCUUGGGUGGUUGUUUUUUUUUAGUUAACUCCUCCUGACUUGCUGAAGGAAAUGUUGUAGGGGGAGCUUGGAUGCCUUCUGUUCAGUGGUUUUAAAUCACACACCCAUGGGGUUUGAAAGUUGCUUCACUCUUUUUGUAUAUGGAGGGUAAAUAGUUCAAAGGAGAUGAAGUUUGCAGCUGGGAUGAAAACCUUGUAAAAUACAACGUGUAUAUGAACUCUUUUCUAUUUAUCUUUGUUACUGAAAUGAUGGAGAGUUGUUUAGAGGGCAGCAUGAUCGUGGUGUGGUGUAUCCAGCAGCUGGAUGUGUAGAGUAGCUCUUGGUGGAGAAGAACAUGGGAUGGAAACAGUAGGAAAAACUUUUUUAGUCUAAAAUACUGAGUUCUUAGAAUAGCUAAAAUGCUUUUGAAACCAAGGUGAUGCAGGUGCUGGAGGCAUAGAGGAUUGCUUUAAUCAUGUCGAGAGGUAGCUAAGGAGGAUUACUUAGAAGGCCUUUUUGGUAGUACUUCAGAUCUGGUUGUGAGGGGUUUUACCGGACUUUCAGAAUAUGCAACGUAGUCUAGAUUAAGGGUUUUUUCCUCCCUCGAUGCUAACACGUCUCUUUAUUUAGCAGUAGUGACACUUGUGAGGGGUUUCCCAGCGCUCAGCAUGAACAGGAGCUGGGAGGUGAGGCUGGUCCUGUGCCCUGCCACUGGGGGCAGGGUGUGAGGGGAGAUGGCCGUGCCACGUACACGGAGAGCUUCAUGGGUUGGCCUCUGUGUCCACCAGGGAAGGCCAGUGCACUGCAUCCAGCUUGGCUGCUUCAGGGCAGGUCCACUGCCUGACCUUCUGAGCAUUGAGUUGAGCUUUUUUUGACCAGCUUCAUCCUUCCCUCUCUCCUGGCCCCAAAGCACAUAGCAGAUUCCUCUGCUUUGGAGCAUAGCUGCAGUUUUACCUUUGGAAACCAUUCUGAAAGCUUCUGGGUUUGAAGAGCGAGGCCUGUGUUGCCUCCAUUGUUAAGCAGGAGCUCUCCCUGUUGUUUGGCUCUCUCAGGAAAUGCCUGUGUCAGGAAGCCUGUACGCUCAGCUGAGGCAGCUGUCGUGCACAAGGAGCUGCUCUUUACUCCCUUGCCAUAGAAUCCAACCCAUUUGGACGUUUGCCAGGUUAAAUGCAUUAAGUAAGGAAACUUCUGCAGCAGGAAAUCCCUGUAUCCUAGUUGUUCUAAUCAUUUUAUCCAAACUCUAUUACACUGUAGUUUUAAUUUUUAUUUGCCAAUUAAUUUAUUCCAAU